AUGAAAUAAUAAUAAACAAAAGAACCACACUUUAAUGGAGAAUUUGAAGAUAGUGGAAGUGACACUGAAGACAAUUCAAAAAAGAAGACAACAUUGAUUAUGAAUGUAUCAGGUUUCUCAUUAUUUCUAUCAUUUUAGAUACACAAUAUGAUGUUGUAAAGUUUGUAGGUAAAAAGUUAUUUAAAUGGAUUUUAUAAUAUGAGCCUGAUGCAAAUAAUUGGGAUAUGUUUUGGACAGAUGCUGCUGUUUAACCUGAAACACUUGGAAAAAUGCAACGUAUUUUUAUAAAUAAAUCAUAGCUUAUCAAAAAAUUAAUCAUUUUCCUGGAAUGUAUUCACUUGCUAGAAAGAAUCAUUUAGGAAGAAAUCUUAUGAAAAUGAGAAAAUAAUUCUCUGAUGAAUAUAAAUUCUUUCCAUAAACAUGGUUAUUACCAGCUGAAUAUGGAGACUUCAAAAAUUAAUUUGUUAAAGGAAAAGCAAGAACUUUUAUUGUUAAACCAGAAGCUAGUUGUUAAGGAAGAGGUAUAUUUUUAACUAGAAAUAUUAAUGAUAUUAAUCCAAGUGAUCAUUAUGUUGCAUAGAGAUAUCUGCAUAGACCAUUUCUUAUUGAAGGAUUAAAAUUUGAUCUCAGAGUUUAUGUCUUACUUGCUGGAACUGAUCCUAUGAGAAUAUAUGUUUAUUAAGAUGGUUUAGUUAGAUUUGCUACAGAACCAUAUGUUCCACCUAAUUCAUCAAAUUUAGAAGAUAUGUGUAUGCAUCUCACUAAUUAUGCUAUUAAUAAAGAGAAUCCAAAUUUUGUAUUUAAUAAAGAUGCAAGUAGAAUGGAUAUUGGACAUAAGAGAUCUAUAAAGGCUGUAUUUGGUAAAUUAGAAUAGGAAGGUCAUGAUAUAAAGAAACUUUGGUAAGAAAUGUAUGAAUUAUUUAUAAAAACCUUUUGUACAGUUUAACCAAUAUUGAGUCAUCAUUAUAGAUCUUGUCAACCAGAUAAUUAUGCUAAUAAUAUGUGUUUUGAAAUAUUAGGUUUUGAUAUAUUUUUGAAUCACAAAUUGUAACCUAUAUUAUUGGAAGUAAAUCAUACUCCUAGUUUCACAACAGAUACUCCUCUUGAUUCUUUGAUAAAGAAAAAUUUAAUAAGAGAUACUUUGAAGUUGAUGAAUGUUAGUUAAAAAGCAAAAGAAUAAAUAAUAGCAUCAAGGAAGGAAUCUUUAUAACAAAGAGUAUUGACAGGUAAGAAGGUAAAGUUAACAAUGGAAGAAAAGGUUUAAUAAAUGAAGUAAUGGGAGAAAUAGAGAGAUGAAUAUGAGAAUUCACAUUUAGGAGAUUAUGUUAAGAUAUACCCUUUGGAAGAUUGUUAAAAAUAUGAUAAAUACAUAGAAUUUGCAUCAUCAUUAUAAGAUAGUUGGACAGGAACAAGUAUAAUAUAUUUAUAAAUUAAUAUAGAUAUAAAAAGAAAUCAAAAGAAAGAUUUAAAAGAUUCUUAGAUUCCUUAAUAAUAAUAAUAAAUUUAAUAAACAAAAACUAAUAUGGUGAGAACUAAAUUAAAACCUAAUACUCCUGCAAAUAAUUUACCAAAACUUUAAAAUAUGCCAAGACCUGAAAGUAUUAAUGUUCAUGGCGAAGAUGAAUAGGUUAGUGCAAAAGUGAACAAAUUAUCUAAUAUAAAAAUAUAACCAAGAUAAUAAUCUGAACCACCAAUUUUAAGAGUAAAAAAAGAUAUGAAAAAAUAAACUUAAUAAGUGAUUGGGAAACCAUGUUUACAACCAAAAUUAUUUGAUAUGGAAUCUAUAGGAUAAGACAAACUAAAUAAUAAAAGAUAACAGUAUCAAUAAUUGAUGCUUGCAAAAUGA